AUGCUGCGCCGCAGAAUGGGAUACGCCGACCCAUCGUCGGGUAAAGACAUACUCGGCAAUAGGUCUCUUUGUUUUAUAUUUAUUUGCGCAUUUGGGCUCGUCACACUGUUGCAGCAGAUACUUUAUGGAAAAAACUACAUUAAAAGUGCGCAACAGUUUAGCCGACUCAAAGGGGACGAGGCAGGAAAUUGGACGGGUCCAGUUAAUUUCUCGGACGAUGGAUCUCUGAAGCCGGCCAGAAAUGGAAGGAAAAGAUGUUUCCGUCAGAAUUUUCAGCCCGAUUCUCAGAUCUCCGUAAUAGUCACACCCUGCCUAGCUGAUAUUAAGAAGAAAAAAAAACGCUCUUCCAGGUAUCUGGAGAAUUAUGAAGGCUCCUUCGAAUACAACUCCACUGCAUGCAGGGAGCUUAGACAAGAGAUUAUGGAUGUCAAAGUCCUGACAAUGGUGAAAACCUCUGAGCUGUUUGAGAGGUGGCGAAACCUUCAAGUAUGUAGGUGGGACCAGAAUAAGGAAGAGGCCAGCAGCUUCAAGAUGUCCUUGUCACGCUGCUGCAAUGCUCCUGCCUUUCUGUUUACCACAAAGAGAAACACUCCAGCAGGGACCAAACUGAGGUAUGAGGUGGACACCAGUGGAAUUCUGCCCAUUACUACUGAAAUCUUCAAGAUGUUUCCAGAUGACAUGCCUUAUUCCAAAUCACAGUACAAGAAAUGUGCUGUCAUAGGAAAUGGUGGCAUUAUCAAAAACAGCAAAUGCGGAAAGGAUAUUGACUCUGCUGAUUUUGUCUUUAGAUGUAAUAUUCCACCCAUUAACGACAAGUAUGCUACUGAUGUGGGAACUAAAACAGAUCUGGUCACCAUAAAUCCAAGCAUUAUCACAGAAAGGUUUCAAAAGCUGGAGAAAUGGCGUCGGCCAUUUUACCAAGUUCUUCAAAACUACGAAAACUCCUCAGUUGUACUCCCAGCAUUCUACAACACCCGCAACACUGAUGUAUCUUUUCGAGUCAAGUACAUGCUAGAUGACUUCGAUUCUCAGAGAGGUGUGUUUUUCUUCCACCCACAGUACCUGCUCAAUGUGCAGCGCUUUUGGGCCGUGCAGGGUGUCCGAGCCAAAAGGCUGAGCAGUGGUCUGAUGCUGGUCACGGCUGCCUUGGAGAUGUGUGAGGAGGUGCAUCUCUAUGGUUUCUGGGCAUUCCCAAUGAAUCCUUCUGGCAUCUUUAUCACGCACCAUUACUAUGACAAUGUCAAGCCGCGGCCAGGCUUUCAUGCAAUGCCUCAUGAGAUUUUCAAUUUUAUCCACAUGCAUACUCGUGGGAUUAUCAAUCUACACACUGGGCCCUGCAUGUAA